GAAACACACAAAGUUUACCGGCAGAAACUGGAAGAAGUCACCAGCCUCCAGACCGCCUGCAGCAGCUCCAUCCACCGGCAGAAGAAGACACUCAGGGAUCUGAAGCACAGCCUGCAACGGUGCAAGCCCAGAGCGAGUCCUGAAGAGUUUGCUCUCAUUCAGGAGAUCAGCGCCCAGAUCAAGGAGAGGCAGAAUGCCUUCUUCGACAUGGAAGCCUACUUGCCAAAGAAGAACGGCCUGUACCUAAACCUGGUGCUGGGAAAUGUGAAUGUAACUCUCCUGAGUAACCAGGCAAAGUUUGCCUACAAGGACGAGUAUGAGAAGUUCAAACUUUAUCUGACCAUAAUUUUGUUACUGGGGGCCAUUGCCUGCAGGUUUAUUCUCCACUACAGGGUGACAGAUGAAGUGUUUAACUUUCUGUUGGUGUGGUAUUACUGCACGCUGACGAUACGGGAAAGCAUUCUCAUUAGCAAUGGAUCAAGGAUCAAAGGCUGGUGGGUGUCUCAUCACUACGUCUCCACGUUCCUGUCCGGAGUCAUGUUGACGUGGCCAGAUGGACUCAUGUAUCAAAUGUUUCGCAGUCAAUUUUUAGCAUUUUCAAUAUUUCAGAGCUGCGUUCAGUUCCUACAGUAUUACUACCAGAGGGGCUGCCUCUACAGACUCCGUGCUUUGGGGGAGAGAAACCACUUGGACCUUACAGUAGAAGGAUUUCAGUCCUGGAUGUGGCGGGGGCUGACAUUUCUCCUUCCCUUCUUGUUCUUUGGGCAUUUCUGGCAGCUGUACAAUGCAAUCACACUUUUUGGAUUGUCGAGGCAUAAGGAGUGCAAAGAAUGGCAGGUUUUUGUGUUGGCUAUCACAUUUCUGCUGCUUUUCCUCGGGAACUUCCUCACUACUCUCAAAGUGGUGCACACUAAACUCCAGAAAAACAAAGACAAAAUGAAGAAGCUGUGA